AUGAUUUGGGCGGUGCUGUGCAUCACCGCUCUGGCAUUAUCGGCUGUGGGGACGGCAUUGCUCGUCUUCAAGCUGUAUCGCGACUGGGACGUCCGCGCUUCCAGCGUCCAGUGGCUGUUCGCAAUCUUUUUCAUUUACCAGUGCAUCGGCGCCGCAGCCAGGUUGGUCUACUUCAUUUGGCUCGCUGUUUACACGACGCAAACAGCAGAUACGGACGACGAUAUCGGAGGAACAAAUUUGGUUGGAACGGAGCUAUAUCAACUUGGAACAAGCGCCGUCCUGAAGCUACGAGAUCAACAAAGUGGCUGGGUGACUGCCGCCAUUACUGUCGGCGACACGACCCACUUUGGCCUCGCCAUUUGGAUGUUCCUGUUGGUUUACGAGCUCUCGAAACUCGUUGCGGUCUCCAUGGACCGAGGAGAUCAACACGAGCGAGCCAAGAUCCGGGUGUACGCUUGGGUCGGCCACUUGCUCAUAUUGCUAUUCCUCGCUGCCGACAUCGCUCUGGCGGUCGUUUUUUCUGGUUACUCAAGCUACGCGUACAUCAUGCUCUUGAGCGUCUACGUUCUGCAGACCAUUGCACUAGUUUAUAUGAUUGUGACGGUGGUAUUUCUUCGAGUCAAGGGCCGUAACUACGAGAGUGUACAUGGAAAUUUUGAGGCUUCUCCACUGUACCGGCGACUAAAGUGGAUCAUGCUGGUGUAUGCGUUGUUCGUUUUCCAGUUCUAUUUCUCGUCGGUUGUCAUGUACGCAGCGCCAAGCAAGACUAUGCGUCUUUCGAGUUAUGCUGGUGCAAGCUUUGUGUUUUAUUAUCUACGCGGAUUUGCUCUCUCGAUCGUCACCGGUUGCAGUCAGCUCUGUGUCGUACGAAGCGUGCGCUGUUGUGUUCCUGACGAUAUCAAGGCGAGAUUUAGGCUACGUCGGGAUUGCACACCGCUGCCUCGAGGAUCCGAUGUACCCUACACCAACCCAGUGUUUGUGUUCACUGAUAUCGAAUCUUCAAGUGCGUUAUGGGCAAUAGGAGACGGUCGGAUCAUGCAGGAAGCCACUCAACUUCACGAUGACAUUCUGCGGGGGUCACUAGCUCCGUACCGUGGCUACGAGAUCACUACUGCAGGAGACUCGUUCCAACUGGCAUUCCAUACAAUCCAAGACGCCGUGGAGUAUUGUCUGGAAGUACAGCUUCAUCUACUCAAUGCGAAAUGGCCAAAACAUCUCCACGGACUCGUACCAGCUACCCGAAAAGUUCGGGUUGGGACUAGGACGAUAUUUCAUGGACUACGCGUCCGAAUGGGUGUCCAUGACGCAGUGAGCUCUGAAGGAUCGCUCGUUCGAGACGUGCAUGCAGUGACCGGCAAGUUGAUUUAUACUGGAGCUUCGGAGGCUAUUGCCAAUGAGCUUGGAGAUUUGGGAACUGGUGGACAGAUUCUAGUUACAAAGCGCAUUGCUGAGUGGCUCACAGAUAAUUCGACGCGGCUUGCGGUCAAGUUUGUAGUUCGACCUAUGGGGGAGUACCCCAUUCCGCGGCUGCAUACUACGCUGGAGGUUUUUCAGGUUGUACCGAAGUCAUUGGCAGCGAGGCUUGAAAUUGCGACUUGGCACUGA